AUGCAUUUGCAGGAAUUGGAUAAGCAAGUGAGCAAACUCGCGCUCAUGGUUAGCCGUUUGGAGUCCCAAGGUAAGCUGCCAUCCCAGACUGAGCCAAAUCCUCGACACAAUGCAAGCGCUAUGACAUUAAGGAGUGGGAAGGUUUUGGUGCCCGUACUUGACACAAGUCGCGGCCACGACACUAGUCGCGCCCAUGACACUAGUCAAGAUAGGGAGAAACUUGACACAGAGGCUCCAGUAGAAUCGGUACCACAAAAGUCGUUCACAGUACCACCUCCGUUUCCCGAAAGACUAGUUCAAUACAGGAAGGAGCGAGACGAGAAGGAGAUCCUCGACACCUUUCGAAAGGUGGAAAUCAACAUACCUCUUCUCGAUGCAAUUAAACUGAUCCCACGAUACGUAAAAUUCCUAAAAGAAUUAUGUAUGAGUAAAAGGAAACUUUUGGGAAAUGAAAAGGUAAGUGUCGAAGAAAAUGUCUCUGUCGUUCUGCAACAGAAAAUACCGCCCAAAUGUAAGGACCAAGAUAAAUCUGUGGUACAUCCGGAGGGAGUAUUAGAGGACGUUCUUGUCAAGGUAAACGAGUUAAUAUUUCCUGCAGACUUCUACAUUAUCAACACGGAGGAUGAAAAUUCAGCCAAUUCAUCUAACACACUUCUCGGGAGACCAAUUUUGAGUACCGCUCAAACAAAAAUUGAUGUACGAAGUGGGAUACUCACUAUGGAGUUCGAUGGAGAGGUGGUGAAAUUCAAUGUCUAUGAGGCCAUGAACCAUCCUAACCUGAUUUCUAAUGUUUCUAAUAUUGAUAUAAUUGAUCCUUUAACUGAAUUAUGUUUAGAAUAUUAUGACGAGGAUGAAUUACGAACCGUUCUAUGCAAAAGUCUGGACUUUGAUGCCAUUAAGGAACUGGAGGAAUGGAUAAACUUUGAAGAUUCGGUUCAUGAAACAGUGGCUCAUAUGGAGGCAUAA